AUGGCCUGUGGACCAUGUGAAGUUUUCUCUUUCAAAGACUCAGAGCUUCCCUCCAACCUCCUCACCCAGCUCAACAUCCUGCGGCAGGAGCGCAUCCUGACCGACGUCCUGCUCUGCACCGAGCAUCAGGAGAUCCCCUGCCACAGGAACGUCCUGGUGUCCAGCAGCCCAUACUUCCGCGCCAUGUUCUGCAGCAACUUCCUGGAGAGCAGCCAGGCCCGCGUGAACUUGAAGGGAAUCUCCUCGAGCGUCAUCAGUGGGAUCGUGGACUACGUCUACACGGGCUGCAUCUCCAUCACGAUGGAGAUUGUGCUGCCGCUCAUGCAGGCAGCAUCCAUGCUUCACUACGGAGGUCUCUUCGAGGCCUGCUCACUGUUUCUCCAGGGGCAGCUGAGUCCAGAGAACUGUCUGAGCAUGAUCCGCCUCUCUGAGAUCCUCCACUGUGAGAGCUUGAGGGAGAGGGCCAAGGAGAUGGCCGUGAGGUGCUUCUCUGACGUUGCUGCCACAGAGGACUUCUGCGAGCUGUCUCUCCCUGAGCUCAUGUGUUAUCUCGAAGAUGACCGUCUUUGUGCCGAGGAGGAGCAGGUGUUUGAGACCCUGCUGGCGUGGAUCCACCAUGACCCGUUCUCUAGACGCGGCGCGAUCCACGACCUCUUCAAAAAGGUCCGUCUUCGCUACAUCCACCCAACGUACCUCUUCCAGUUCAUAGCCAAUGACCCCCUGGUGCAGUCGUCCACGCUGUGCACCGAGAUCAUCGAUUCUGUACGUCGCCUGAUGCUUACAGUCAGCACUAAGUGUAGCCGUGAGCUCAAGCCACUGUGGACCACACCUCGACGCUACACCUGCAGAGAAACACUGGUGGUGGUUGGAGGACGCAAGAACAACGAACAAACCUCACGUGAAGCACUGCUGUACGACGAGAGGACCCAUCGUUGGCAGUGGUUGGCCAAGCUCCCUCUGCGGCUCUACAGAGCUGCAUACGUGUGCAUCCACAGCAUCCUCUAUGUGCUCGGCGGCCUGAGCCUGUGCAUGACGUCAGGCGACAACUCGGUCAGCGCCACAGUUUACACACUCUCCCUCAAGACAAACCAAUGGAGGACUGCCGAGCCCAUGUCGGAGCCACGAUACGCCCACCAGAGUGUGUCCUAUCUGCACUUUAUUUUUGUCCUGGGAGGCAUCGGGGUAGACAAGCAGAUCUCUCAGUCGGUGGAGAGGUAUAACAGCAUGUUUAACCAGUGGGAGGCCAUGGCGCCGAUGCCCACAGCCGUGCUGCAUCCGGCCGUUGCAGCCAGUGAUCAGAGGAUCUAUGUUUUUGGAGGGGAGGACGCCAUGCAGAACCCAGUCAGGCUGAUUCAGGUUUAUCACAUCGCUCGCAAUUUGUGGUCGAGGCUGGAGACGAGGACGGUGAAAAACGUUUGUGCCCCAGCUGCCGUCAUAGAGGACAGGAUCUACAUCAUAGGAGGGUACACCAGGCGAAUGAUCGCCUACGACACCAAAGCCAACAAGUUUGUCAAGUGCGAGAAUCUGAAGGAGCGAAGGAUGCACCACAGCGCGACCGUGAUCAACAACAAGCUCUACGUCACCGGCGGACGCAUCCUCAACAGCCAAGAUGUCAUCGAGGACUCAGACUGCUUCGAGUGUUACGACCCAAAGACGGACGUUUGGACGUCAAAAGGCUCUUUGCCCUACAAGCUGUUCGACCAUGGCUCCCUGCCACUAGUCUGUGUAUCCAACAGACCCAACCCACCAUGA